AUGAGCAGCGGCAGCAACAAGCGUCAUCGAGUCAGUGGAGACUCCUCAUCUCCCUUGCGGACAGCCAUUGCUUGCCGAGCAUGUCGCGAUCGCAAGACUCGUUGCAGCGGCCAUCAGCCAACGUGCACGUAUUGCUUCAAGGCGGGCGUAUCUUGCGAAUAUGGCCCCAGUGUGGUCUCUACCAGCUCGUCUUCAAACCUCGAUGAAUGGGGUGCAAGAAUAUUGGAUGCCAUUGAUAGCAUCUCCAUACCUCCGGCCCUGCCUAUCAAUUCCGUCCUAGGUGUAACUCACCCUCCUGUCCAAGGGUUGAAUCCAGGCCCCGAUUGCAUUCCCACGGGCCGGAGCCCAAUAACAGGCCUAUCCUCCAUUCUUGAAUGGCAGGUGUUCAAUAUACAGGGCGACAUAGGGCCUAUAGUUCGGUACAAGCAAGCCCUGAGUCACCAUGCAGAUCAACGCCCUAUGUCUCAAAUAACAGGGAGGGAGGCUGCCACUUGUGCUCCAGAAACUCUACUCGGACUGGUAGACAUCUUCCAAGCCGGCUUCUUACCUUCCAUCCCUGUUUUAGACGUGGCAGAUCUUCGCCGAUAUAUUCUGCAUAUCGGGGAAUAUGGAGACAUGUGGAAUGUAGAGGCUUGCUUGGUACUGGUAGUUGCAGCUCUGGCGAGUAGGUUGCCACAGGCUUCAGCUUUCCCCCAGUAUGUAUCAUCCACAGUCAGCAUGGCAUUGAGAUAUUGGAACAUGGCAAAGAAACGGCUCGCCUGGGCUUUGGAAGGGUCUGGAAUGGUAGCGGCUCAAUGCCAGCUUCUUGCAGCCAUAUGGUAUAUCCAUACAUCAGAACCUAGUGCAGCUUUUAAGAUGCUCAACGGCUCAUUACUAGCCAUCAACACAACACCCCCCAGUCACGAUCCUUCUAUUAGCGAGGAAGCCCGCCACCGACGACAACAGGAUGAACUAUGCGACAACAUCCGGUACAUGUGUAUGAGUUUAUUAUGCCGACUACAAGGCGAAGUGUCACUUUCACCUACUUUCACCUCCUACAAUCUACAAGACGGAGAUAAAAGUCCUCAGAUACAUUCUACGAUUACUCAAUCACUGAAUUCCCUUCUGCUUAUCCGCCGGAGCAUAGUGAAUGUCUCCAAAAUGGUUGGUAGUGAGAUGUCUGCUCAAGAAUUGGACACACUCCACCACAGUUUACUUGUGGCAGCCCAAUCGCUCGACGGUUGGUACACAAGGCUGCCAUAUAACCUCAAGUCUUUAUUAGCAGACCCUCUUACAGGUUCUUCACAAACACCUGACGAAGGAUCAGAAAUGGAGGCACAGAGCAAGCUGCUACAGUGCCAAUAUCUGGAGGCCCGAGAGCUCGUUCUGCGCCCCUCACUCUAUUUAACCUUACAAAGGCUGCCGUCGUUGCAGCUGUCUAUGGCCUCGGGGUCAUCUAACUACCAACAGGCUCUUUCAGAUGUGGUGCAGCAAUACUACAUCACCCAAUUCCACGCCAUGAUGAUACAGCAUCGCGAACUAGUCGUCAGCCGGCUUAGAUUGUGUCUCAGCAAUGAGGAUUCAAAUCCACAGGCAUCACGAGUGAUGACACUUGAUAUGGGCUGGUUGAAGAUACAGACGUGUUUAAGCCUGGGGCUAAUGCUCAUUGCAUCCAUGCAAUACAUAGGUGAUGCAGAGUCGCCAAACGGUCGAUCAGUGCAGUGGAGACCGGACGAGGAAGACUACAUCCUGACUUUGGAGCAUUGGUUAAGAAACAAUUCGGGGGGAACAGGGUUGGGUAUAAUACAUGCAGAUCUUUUGCGAGAUCUCUACACCACUCUUUGCAACAAUUCCGCGGUUUCUCUUUGA